AUGAAUGCAUCUUCUGUCUUCACUCAAUUGCACAUCGACUCGCUUGCAAACAGUCAUCCUCGUCCCGGCACAAGUCGACUGCACCCUCGACUUCGUUCGAGUCCGCGCGGGAUUCGAACUCGCAUUUCGGUUGGGCAGCAUUUCAUCUUGACACGCUGCGGCCGGUCCGUCCUUCUGGAUCUGGACCGAACAGCCGGACCUCUCAUCCGCUGGUUCGCCCGCUGGCAACAGAAGCUAUUUGGGGGUGGGGAGGGUGGGAGAGGAUUUAUCGCUUUUCUCUGCUUCCCCGAAUCUCGAUGCACCACCGCACCAUCUCCGUUUCUCUCUCUCUCUCUCUCUCUCUGUCUCUCUCUCUUUUUUUUCUCUCAGACACAAUCGCAUUCAAAUACACGCAGUUUCACAGUCUGA